CAACUGACUCCCCAAAGUCAAUGACUACCAGGUCCACAUCAGACCCGUCUGAGUGGAAACCAGAACCUAAAACCUUGGUCUUGCUAACAAUACACAUCUUACUGACUCGGACCAUACCAUCAGUCAUCUUGGAUUGGAUACCCGUGUUUGCCGAACUAUCACCAUCAAAACCACUUGAAUGCGCCCACCUCCAAGUUCGAGCAGAAUCCCUCCAGCAAUCCGUGGAUAUGAGUACGACCCCGUUUCGAACCGAUUCUUCAAAUCACCCUCAUCAGGCCUUAGCCGACCUCCCGUGAAGAAAACCGCCACAAAUGUAGCAUCCAAUGGCACUUCAGAUGGACCCCCGAUUGCAAAUCUCCGACCCCCAUCUGUCCGCCGUCCCACAAGGCCAGAAUUCGACCCAGAAACCGAUUGCGGUUCUGCAUCAAAGCGAUCGAGGCACGCAACAUCGAUUUCAUACGUAGGAGCCUGUUCGGCAUCCACACAUCCUGCGCUCCUUGCCUCUCCACUUCGAAGAGGCGGUUUAGCUGGCCGAAUUGCCGCGACGACAGUGUCCAACUUUGACGGGGAGCGACCGACCAACCUCCUCAUCCUUGGAUCCUCUUGUAGCGAGGCAAUCAUUGGCGACUUUGGAAAACUGUUCCAUCGUCAGCCUUCUUUAGGGUGGCUCCAGGUGGAUUUAUCUCCGUGUAUCACACCCGGUACCAUUGAGCCACUGACCGCGAUCGCUUCUAAAGCAGGUGUAACUUGCUUUGCUGCCACUUCGGGAUGUGUCAUCACAACGCCCAUGUCAUCAGAUUAUAUAGGCCUUCCGCAUCUGGUACAGCGUGCCUCAUUCACAAAUACUACUUGGUCCUUAUGUUUGACUGCUCAACAUCUUUUAAUGGGUUGUGAAAAAUCCUUGGCCGUGUAUGACUAUCAGCGCCAAACCACGGUUUCUCAAAAUCCGAAAUCAUCCGUAUUUGCCAUAGAAAGACAAGACGAGUUUAAUUUUUUGCUUGGGACUCGAUCAGGAGGUAUCAUUCAAUUUGACAUACGCUCACCGCAUAUUUUCCACAGAAAUGAGUUGCUUCGAGGUCGUUCUAUCUGUCACUUGAAGCACGUGGAUGAUCAUCAAUUCCUAAUAGGUGGAACUAUGGGGUACGCAAAACUCCAUGACAUUCGAUAUCUGACAUCAAAUCCUACGAUGAGUCUUGAUGGCUGGGACAAUGGAUGUGACCGAUCAUUUGGCCUUGCGAUAUCUAAGGAUAGAAACCUGGUGUGCAUGCCCGGCCGCGACCAAACCAUCAAGGUCUGGGAUCUAAAGUCUCAGCCCGUCUCUGGUUUCGGCCUACAGCCGGUCGCCAGACAUGCCACAAAUCAUCCCGCCUCAAGUGUGAUGUUUGUUGAUAAGUUCCAGCCCGAAUUUUGGGCGUUGGAGAGGAAGCAAUCCACCAACCAAAAACGGCCCUGUGGCCCCGGGAUCUUAUACGCCGAAGACAAGUCCUUCUACUGGCUCGGACCACAGACAGUCUAAAUCUCAUCGGUUGGCCCGGAAUCCGAAUGACUCGAAUCUUGCUGAAUUGAAUUUCUGAUCGUUCAUCCUUACAAAGCUGAAUUUGUUGGCUAGAAUUCUUUGCCUUUGCGUAUCUCAUCAUGUAUUCACCCUGUAACCGUAAUCAUUCAAACCUACUCCUCAAACAGCACCAUGUAAAUCACGACUCAUUCAAAAGCUCAGAUUUAUCCAUCACUGAAUACGUUCAUUGACAGUUACAUCUUGUUUACACUUGCCGUUGUAAUGAAAUGGUCUAAAUACUCUGGGGGGUUAGGUCGUAACAGAGACAGAAGUAGAAAACAGGCAGAACUGAUGCCCGUCAGACCAGGUGGUCGACGAAUUUAUCUGU